ACCGCCGGUCGUGCCUAUUGCUUCGCCAUGACUUCCAACUCCAGCUCAAUCCAACACUACGAGGACCAUCAGCCUGAAAAAAAUAACACCCAUCCCGGAUCUUCCACUGACGCGAGCCAUGCUUCUUUGGUUGAAUAUAGAAAGGAUGGGGCCAUAUCCAAAAUGCGUGCACACAGAGGGAACAUCCCUGUUCUCCCACAGACAAAACUUUGCCCAUAUUGUCCAGCCAAGUUUACGCGCACUACCCAUUUGAAUCGUCACUUACGCACUCAUACAGGAGAGAGGCUCCAUCGUUGUGAUACAUGCGAUGCUCAAUUCACUCGCAGUGACCUCCUGACGAGGCACAAAAAGACAUGCGGUGACUCUUCUCAUACAAAUCGUUCACGAAGGCGAUCAUGUCAAGCUUGUGCUGACUCCAAAAUCAAGUGUGAUCUUCAGCAACCCUGUGGGAAAUGUAUAUCACGAGGAAAAGAGUGUGUCUUCGUCGCUCGAACGUCUCGCUUGUCGACGAGGUCAAAAAUACCAGGUAACCCUAUCGCCAAUGAUCGGUAUCAAACAGACGAUCUAUCGAACUUAUUUGGCGAUGCUCCUGCUUCUGGGCCUCCGAGUCGCUCAAGUUCGACCCUUUUACCUGAUCGUGCUCAGGACAUAGCCACUUCACAGGAGUCAUUCUUAUGGAAUUCUUCUCAGCCAGAAAUCCCCCAACCCGUCGAUUUUAAUCGAAGGAGCACUGUUUAUUCGCCAUCUGUUACAGAGACGGUAGAUUCUACAACCAAUUUCGGCUCUUCUGUGGUUUCUGGACCAGUUCCAGUGCAGAGUCACUUGCAUUCUCUGUACUCAAGUGAUGUCCUUGCACCAUUCUUCAACGACAUCUUCUCUAAUUAUCAUCCAAAUCGAGUGGACUCGUCGCACAUGGGUGAUAUCAACAACACCCCUUCUCCGGAUUCCUCUUCGUCUGUGGAAGAGACUUUCCCCUUUUCAACUCACCAUAUAUCCAUCACCAAUCAACCUCCCGUGGUCCCAUCGGCAGAUGGGACCACGGUAUUUGAUGAACCUUCUAUGUUCGUUGUGCCUCAACAAGAUCGUGACGAAUUCCAGCAUGGAUCUUACGCCAAUGUGAUUGAUAGCCUUACAGGGCUUCAAGGGCCAGCUUUAGUAGAACAACAACACUAUCUUUACUUGUUCUUUUCGGCUUUCCUGGUUCAGAUGCCCUUGAUUCAUGCGUAUACCUUCACAAUGGGAGCAAAAUCGCCGGUGCUAGUGAAAGCUAUGCAGGUGUGUGGCGCCCUCUACGUGAAGACUCGAACGGCAUCCAGCUUCAUCAUGAAAACGUUGGCCGAGGCUCGAGAGUUGUUGUUCCAGGAGUUUGCGAAAAGUUCUACGGAUAUUCGGGCGCAAACACAUCUCGUGCUGGCGGUGGUCCUCAUACAAGCCGUUGGAUUGUUCCAUCAGAAUGCGGAAGAACGGGCGUGUUCGGGCCUUUACCACGAUAUGUUAAUUCUGAUGAUUCGUCGUUCAAGACUCAUUGCAAGGAAUGCUUCCUGGGAACCGUCAAUUGCAACUAACCCGUCGAUGUACGACAUAGAGUGGAGAGAUUGGACUUGUCAUGAGGCAACCAAAAGGGGGUUUUUACUCUCUUAUGUACAUGAUUGUACUCGAUGUAUGGUUGCCCUGCCGGCAUCGUAUACUGCAACUGAGGUCGAUUUAUAUCUUCCAUGUGACGAUGCGUUAUGGAAGGCAAGGUCAGCAGAGGAGUGGUACAGUAUUCUCCAGCAACCGUCUCCAUACGGAGACCCUCGAUCACGCUUGAUAGGUGUACACAUGCUAAGCGCACUUGAGGCUUUGUACCCAACUACGAACCUUACCUCUCCGUAUAUGUGCCUUAAUCCAUACGCGCUAUUCGUUCUAAUUCAUGCCAUCCUACGGCGUCUAUUCGCAUUCGGUGUAUCAACCCGUAUGCCCGGUGCUCAGAUCAUCUCCUUACCUGAGGCAUGGCAAAGUCAUCCCGAAGCAGCGGAUCUAGAAAUAAUGAUGGUGCAGUAUGCCCUGCAUAGCUGGCUCAAACACUGGCUCAAAGCAACCGAAACGCCCGGCUCUACCGAGCCUCCCGAGGAACCGCCGUUUUCGUCAAAUGCCCUGCCAUUCUAUUGGCUAGCGCAAGUGUCCAUCAUGGCGUACCAGGAACGCAUACCACCGUUUGACGACUCUGCGAGGGACAACAGACCGGAUGCGACGUUCCGUCUGGUCAAACAGUGGCUCAGACACAUUAGGGACUUUCUGCGUAAAAGCGACCAAAUGCCUACCUUGUUCUGGGACGAAUUGAUGAAAAUGCGCUUGCAGAGUUGGCAGGAGGAGAUGCAGGGAGGGAUACCGGAUGAUCCGGAGGGGUUACUCGGCCUCUUCUCCAAUCUUUGACGUCUUCAGUUAAUUUGGUAAAUCGCUUGACCGUAAAUAUCUCUUAACCUUGCAACAAUUGUACCUAUUUGGUUUUCUUUACAAAAUGUCACGAGUACGCUGACGAAUAGACAUUGGUCAGGAUAAUAAAACCGUAUUGAGGACUUGUCCUACCACUUACCUCGUGGUGCUU